AUGGCACCCCCAACGUGGCUCCGAGAUGGAUCGACUUCUCGACGAGGAUAUUACAGAAGCAGUGCCAUGAUGGCAACUUCUCUUCAUGUAGCAUCGUACUCCAUAUUUAUCUCGAAGUUUAUUUUAAUGCAGUAUGUGUAUCCUGGCAUGUAG